AUGGGCAAAACGGCGACUUUUUUCACGCCUCUUCUUGUUUAUCAGUACCUUGGUGCAAACCCCAGACCCAAUGUUCCAUCCUUUUGUCCUCCCAAACCGGUGGUCUUGGUUGUCACACCUCUGGUUGAGCUCGGAAAUGCACAUGCCGAGGAAAUGAAGCUAUUUGGGAUACGGGCUGUUUCUGUGAACAGUCAUACGUUGGCAGUCGCACGGGAGGAGGGGCGGGAUCUUUACAAGGAGAUCAAGCACUGUCAGUGGUCGAUGGUGUUUUUGUCCGCUGAAAGGCUCACGUCAGACGAAAUUGGGACGAUUUUGAAGGACGACACCUUUCGACACAACCUCGUACUCCUGGGUAUCGACGAAGCCCACGUCCUAGUCCCAUGGUCUCAAGAAUUCCGCGUCGCAUACCGCCAGAUGGCCCAACUACGUCAUCGACUACCAAAACAUUGCGCGUUUGCCGCCGUCACAGCAACACUCACUCAGAAGGGCCUCGACGACCUGUGCAAGGAGCUUCACCUCGUUCCAGGGUCAUUCCAUUGCCUACGAACUACGAUCCAGCGUCCCAAUAUCUGCACUGCCGUCGCCGAGCUCACCCACCCAAUCACGUCGACCUCGUUUCCCGACCUCAAAUGGCUAUUCCAGCCUGGCAUCAAAGCGGUCGUCUAUGUGGCCUCGCUUGACCUACAAUGGCGGGUUGCAUCGUACGGAUGGCGCUUCUACCCUUUGCGCCGGCAACAUCGAGCUGUUCGCCUUUGGAGCAGCAUGACAUCCGCGAGUUACAACCAGACAACCCUCGACCUCUUCGCCCAAGAUCCGGAGACUUCUGUCAUCGUUGCAACGGUCGCGUUUGGCAUGGGAAUGAAUGUUCGCAACAUUCAGUUCUCUAUCAACCUCGGUGUCCCUGAGAGCCUGGAAAGUUUGGUGCAACAAAAUGGCCGGGCAGGGAGGAACCUUAUGAUGGAGGCGUUCGGACUCACAUACGUCCCCCAAUCCAUUCUCGACUCUCUCCGGAAGGACAUCGCCGAACUCAACAACGACGACGCCUCACCUCAAGCACUGUAUCAACGGGCCAUCGCCUUCAAGAGAAUCCGGGUUCCCAGUCCGAACACCACCAAGAAACCUAAGGAAGAUCCAGUCGAUCGCCUGGAUGUGUAUCUCCGGGGAUUUCUUCUCGCAUACCUUCUAGGCCUUUGCCUCGAGUGCGAGAAGAAUAUCUCUUUGGGAAACCCGCUUUAUGACCCUGCUGUCACAUGCACCGCCGCCCAACGUACACUUCCAUGUGGCUCGUGUGACAUUCAGUGGCACGUUCGCCUUCAACGCUACCUACCACCACCACCUCCACCACCACCACCACCGACUGUUUCGACCAUCCCAACAGUCGCCGUACCGAGCGUGCCCGACACUUCCACUCCCAACACUUCGGCUCCACUUCUAAUCCAGCUUGAUCAGCUAUGCGCAGCUCCAAACCCACCACCGACUUCAACAUCGCAACCGUCCGAAGGAGCAACCACGGGCCUUCCUUCCAAGCUCACCAAAUCCAUGCUCGACAACCUCAAGCUAUGGCUGGACGACUUUGCGCGCAAGCAGUGGAGCCAGAAGGACAUUCCAGAAGCGCGCUAUGCCCCGUUUCACAGUUUCGAGACUGCGGUUUCUGGGUGGGCAUAUCUAGAGGACGACGGUCCGCUUCUUUUUGAGCAGCUUACCAGACUGAUCUCAGUCUACGAGAGCACGAAACAAAGCACUCACUGCUGCUCGUAA